AUGUUCGCUCGAAAUACUUCUCUCCUAGUCACUCUUUGCUUGGCCCUUUUCUCUGUAUCAUCAACGGACGCACAAGGCGUCUUUGUUGAAAAGGGAGAGGGAGUUUGCAUUGAUGCCAUCGGAUCCCAAUACGAUUACCUUGAAACUACUGGUAUCACUUCUGUUGCAGGGUGCCAGUCCAGAUGCACCUCUCUUGACGGAACCAACCUCCGCGGAAUCGAAUACGAAGCCUCUUCCCAAGGAUGUUUGUGCUUGUAUGAGAAUGGUGCCGGUUUUCCUGCCAAUGCCUUUUCGGAAGUUGGAGAAGAUGCUGGUCUAGGAGCCGUCGCUGGUGCUAAUUCCACCUUCUCUUCCUUCCAAUGCUUUGCAUACUCAGGAGGAGGCGCCUACUCUCUUGUCGGAACUGGAGGUUGCGUCGACAGGAGCAGCGAAUUCUUUUCCUUUGCUGUUCCCUUCAACGCCCAAGGUACCCAAACUGUAGCCACCUGCCAAAGUGCCUGUACUGCCUCUGGUACCAGUGGAUUGGUCGGCCUUGAUUACAAUGGAGAGUGCUACUGUCUGUACAGUGCCGAAAGUGUACCAACCAUCGCAUCUACCACCAGUGUUUCCAACAAUGGUGGAACCGGAAAAGUUGCUGGCACAUCUACUUUUGCAGGUGUGACUUGUCAAAGCUUUGAAAUCCUCACUCCUGCCCCCACACCAGCCCCCACACCAGCCCCCACUCCACCCUCUACUGCACCACCAACUGAUCCUGUAUUGACUGCUGGCGAUCGCGCUGUUACCAUUGCUGCUCCAGUCGGUCCAGCCGUUGGUGCCGUGGCUGGAAAGGCUCCCAAAGUCAAAUCCACUGGCAAGGCACCCACUCUGGACAACCGAGGAACCAAGCUUUCCGCCGGAUCUGCCUCAUCCGUCAAGGAUGCCAAGCGAAGAAGACAUUAG